CAUCAUGCACGACGCCUUCGAGCACGUGCCCAUCCUGGAGAAGCUGCCGCUGCAGAUCGACUGCCUGGCGGCCUGGGAGGAAUGGCUACUUGUUGGUACCAAACAAGGACAUCUGCUUCUUUACAGGAUCAAGAAAGACGCAGUGCCAGGAGAGGUUUUGUCAUCAGAAAGUGUCUGUUGCAAUAGGUUUGAAGUGACACUGGAGAAAUCCAACAAGAACUUCUCCAAAAAGAUCCAACAGAUUCACGUUGUCUCCCAGUUUAAAAUUCUGGUCAGUUUAUUAGAAAAUAAUAUAUAUGUCCACGACCUGUUGACAUUUCAACAAAUCACUACAGUUUCCAAGGCAAAAGGUGCAUCCCUCUUCACUUGUGAUCUCCAGCAUUCAGGUACAGGAGAAGAGGAGCUGAGAAUGUGUGUUGCAGUAAGGAAGAAGCUGCAGCUUUAUUUUUGGAAGGACAGAGAAUUUCAUGAACUACAGGGGGACUUAAGUGUACCUGAUGUACCCAAGUCUAUGGCCUGGUGUGAAAGCUCCAUCUGUGUUGGUUUCAAGAGGGAUUAUUAUUUGAUACGGGUGGAUGGAAGAGGAUCCAUCAAAGAACUGUUUCCUACAGGGAAACAGUUAGAACCAUUGGUGGCCCCUGUAGCAGAUGGAAAAGUUGCAGUUGGCCAAGAUGAUCUGACUGUAGUGCUCAACGAGGAUGGGGUCUGUACCCAGAAGUGUGCCUUGAACUGGACAGAUAUUCCUAUAGCAAUGGAGCAUCAGCCUCCCUACAUUAUUGCUGUUCUGCCAAGGUAUGUGGAGAUCCGCACUUUUGAACCUCGUUUGCUGGUACAGAGCAUUGAGCUGCAGAGGCCACGCUUCAUCACCUCUGGAGGCACAAAUAUUAUAUAUGUGGCAAGUAAUCACUUUGUUUGGCGGCUCAUUCCAGUCUCCAUAGCAACACAGAUCCAGCAGCUUCUCCAAGACAAGCAGUUUGAACUGGCACUGCAGUUGGCAGAAAUGAAAGAUGAUUCAGACAGUGAGAAGCGACAACAAAUUCAUCACAUUAAGAACCUCUUUGCCUUCAACCUCUUCUGCCAGAAGCGUUUUGAUGAAUCCAUGCAAGUUUUUGCAAAGCUUGGUACAGAUCCCACACAUGUGAUGGGUCUGUACCCUGACCUCCUGCCCACCGAUUACAGAAAACAGCUACAGUAUCCCAACCCGCUGCCAGGGCUCUCUGGGGCAGAGCUGGAGAGGGCACACCUGGCUCUCAUAGACUACCUAACUCAAAAGAGAAGUCAUCUGGUAAAGAAGCUGAAUGAUUCUGACCAUCAGUCCAGUACCUCACCCCUCAUGGAAGGAACACCCACAAUCAAAUCCAAAAAGAAGCUGCUACAAAUCAUUGAUACCACCUUGUUAAAGUGUUACCUCCAUACAAAUGUAGCGCUGGUGGCACCACUGCUGCGUCUGGAGAACAAUCACUGUCACAUUGAAGAGAGCGAGCAUGUGUUAAAGAAGGCACACAAAUACAGUGAGCUGAUAAUACUCUAUGAGAAGAAAGGCCUGCAUGAGAAGGCAUUGCAGGUACUAGUGGAUCAGUCAAAGAAAGCCAACUCACCUUUGAAAGGUCAUGAGAGGACAGUGCAAUAUCUGCAGCACUUGGGCACAGAGAACUUACACUUGGUAUUCUCCUACUCUGUCUGGGUGCUGAGAGAUUUUCCAGAAGAUGGGCUGAAGAUAUUUACAGAAGACCUCCCUGAAGUGGAAGCUUUGCCACGAGACAAAGUGCUCAGUUUCUUGAAGGAAAAUUUUAAGAGCUUGGCUAUUCCCUACCUGGAACACAUCAUUCAUGUCUGGGAAGAAACUGGUGCGGAUUUUCACAACUGUCUCAUCCAGCUAUACUGUGAGAAGGUGCAGGGCUUGAUGAAAGAGUAUCUCAGUUCUUUCCCUGCAGAUAAAACCCCAGUGCCUGCAGGGGAGGAAGGAGGAGACCUGGGAGAGUACCGGAAAAAGCUGCUGCUUUUUCUCGAGAAGUCCAGCUGCUAUGAACCUGGUCGACUCAUUAGCGAUUUUCCCUUUGAUGGUCUCCUAGAAGAACGUGCUCUGCUCUUGGGUCGUAUGGGAAAACAUGAGCAAGCUCUCUUUAUUUAUGUCCAUAUUUUGAAGGACACCAAAAUGGCUGAAAACUACUGCCAUAAACAUUAUGACAGGAACAAAGAUGGCAACAAAGAUGUCUAUCUGUCUCUGCUCCGGAUGUAUCUCUCCCCACCUAGUGUUCAUUGCCUAGGGCCGAUCAAGAUGGAAGUAUUGGAGCCUCAAGCCAACCUGCAGGCUGCACUGCAGGUCUUGGAGCUACAUCACAGCAAACUGGACACCACUAAGGCAAUAAAUCUGCUUCCAGCCAACACGCAGAUGAGCGAGAUUCGAAUCUUCCUAGAGAAGGUCCUUGAGGAAAAUGCCCAGAAGAAAAGAUUUAAUCAAGUCCUCAAGAAUCUUCUCCAUGCUGAGUUUCUGAGGGUCCAGGAGGAGCGGAUCUUGCAUCACCAAGUGAAGUGCAUUAUUACAGAGGAGAAGGUGUGCACUGUAUGUAAAAAGAAGAUUGGUAACAGUGCGUUUGCCCGAUACCCUAAUGCAAUAGUUGUGCAUUAUUUCUGCUCUAAAGAAGUCAACACGGUGGACACCUGACCUUGUCGCCAAGGUCAAUAAUUACAACAUUCGUAAGAAAUUCAGAAGUGAAGACUUCAGAAGCUGGUGCCUCUGAGAUUUUUGAGGAUUGUUGCUAGGUUGCCCUACAUGGGCUCGAAGUCAUUUGUAUCUGUGGACUGGCUAUAUUUACCAGCUGGCAAUAUUGACUUAGGAGAAAGUGACUUUUUUAAACCAUGUUGUUAUAGUGCUGGCAAUUGCAUCAAACCUCUCAACACUCAGAUGUAGAAGAACAGAAACCGACCAGCAGUGAGCUCUUAUUGCACUCCAACCUUGCAAAUGAGUUGUCAGACAACUGUAAGGUGUUUACUAGAAGUCAAGUGUUGCUAAUGCCUUUCUUCUAAGGUUAAAAAAAAAAAUGUAAUUUGGCCUUGUAUGUAAAUAGUUCUAACAUGCUUCAAAAAGAAAACUCCUUCAAAGUCUUUGCAGCUUUGUUGACAUUACGUGGAGGUAGGUCACCAGGUGGUAGAGAUGGAAAAAGCUACUCUGCCUAUUCCAAGAAUUCGUAAACUUCAUUUUACCUUCAUCCCAGUAAGGGAAGUAUCUAAAUGCUGGCCAAAGGAACACUUACUGAUGUUCAGUGUGUUAUCACCUUAUCUUCUGAUAAACAGAUCAGGCUGUUUGCACAGGAGUAGCCAAGCAAACAAUAGGUGACACUGGUAGGCAUUGCACUUCUUUCUCUUCAGUUUGACAGAUGUAAAUAAAACUAACUUAUGUGCCCUUUGCACUGAAUGUGGUCACUCUUAAUAUGAGUAGAAGCUCAAAGACUAUUCUAAGCAGUAGCUUAUACCUGCAAUCAUACCAAAAAGUGAAGAACUUCUAAGCAGCUUUUGAAGGGACUGAAAUAACUAUUGCUUGAGCUUCUAGACUAUACUUGAGAUGUAUAUGUAUAUAAAGUUCUUCGGUCUCUGGUUCACCUUCCAGCAUUGAAGUAAAAUCCAGACUAUGUAAAUGUCUCUCUUUUAAAUGCUUUAGAACAUCCCUGUUCUGCUCAGGCUGGUACUGUUCUUAAUUACACAUGGGCCAGAAGUCUUUAACUACAAAAACUGGAUUGUAGCAUACUCCUUAUAGGCUGUAAUAUUUUUGUCUAAUUUAUUUUUCCACAAACUAAUCUAUAGCAAACUGGUAUUAGGGAUAUUAAGAUGUUUAGCUGGUGCAGAAAGUGUCUGAUCAGCAGUUAUGGAAGGCAACAGUAGCAAAUAGUCCAAUAAACUAGAUCUUGGAUACCCAGCAUCCUAGCCUAGCAAUACUUGCUAGGAACGUGUAAUUAUUAAGUAGCGUAGAGCGCAUGGCGUGUUAACUACCAGAUACCACUUCCUAGUUAUCAAGUAAAGAAAUAAAGCCUGUCUGCCAAAGGUGAAAUGGGAUCUCUGAACUUCACAGUUUACUUCAGCCUUUGUUGCAUAGCACUUUUUAAGGAACAGAUCUGCUGUAGGCAGACAAGGAUCCUCAUUCACCCGUGGCAGACGCUGCAAACCUCAGCUGUACUGUGUGUCAGCUUCACUCCUGCUGAUGCUUGCCCCGAUGCUUGUGUGUGCUUUCCCUUUCCACUUGUAUUUAUAUAUGUUGCUAUAUACCAUGCAUCCUUAUGGAUUCCUUGGUCUAGAAUUUUGCUACUUCUGUACUUGGGUGUCCGGGUGGUGGUGCUGGUGCUGCUGCUGUCUUUCUGCAGAGGGAGUAGAGGUAGUCUACGGUGUUAAUGUUUUUAACCUUGUAUUUCUUCUAUUUGAAGAAGAGAGCCUAAAAAAAAAAAAAAACCCACUUGUAUUCAAUUUGCACAUUGUGUAUAGGUCUUUAUAUACUAGUUUAGGUACGGAGGGAAGAUGAUUUGAGAGAGUUGUGUUUACAGAUAAUUGAGAAAGAAAGAAGGGUAUUUAUCAAGGCCCUAUAUUCUUUAUAUACAGAUAUAAUAAUAUUGUUUGAUUUUUUUCAUCUGUCUUACAUUUAGUACUGUAAGUUGAAUUUUUAUUUACCUGCAUUAUUUGUGCUACAAGGAAAACUGUAGUCACAUACGAGGACCUUCGUUGUACUCUUCUUUCACAGUUAAGAUUGUGCCUCUGUUCACCUGCAUUGCAUACCUUUUGCAGAGAUAUGGUCUGUGCUGUAACUUUUCUUAC